AUGGCAGCCCCGAGGUGCCUACAAUGCGUCAAGGAAGGUGCCCAUAUACGCACUCCCUGGUCUGCCCACGUCGUGAUAAAGGACAUACUCGUAACUACUCAAGUAGGGCCAUGGGUGUUUUAUGGUGUUUGUGCCGAGACUUUAGAUGCGACUUCAUCGGACUGGACAAGCCCAGACUGCCUUCUAUGGGUUUUUGACGAUGCGUCAGGGCCACGAAUGUGGCAGGACACUGCCCAGCCGUCGCCCUUCAAUUCCGAGGACCCCGAAAAGAAUUUUGAUCAGAUCGUAGGCCAUUAUGAAUCCAAUGAUGGAGAGUGUUAUUUCGCAGUCAAGUGGAAAAGCUGCCUGGCACCGACGUGGGAGAGAGAGACGGACAUGCCGCUUUCUCCGAUCGACAAGUGUCCUCGAAAUCACUUCUUUGUGGCAUGGAACUUUGUCGCUGUAGCGCCUUCUGGUGGCGAAGUCACCUUCAUAUCAAGCGCUGUGCUCGGAGAGCCGACAGUCUGGACCUUACGUGAGUUCAGAGAAAAUGCACCUGAAACUUAG